GCCCGAUUGUUAUGUAUGGCUUGUGGUGGUCAGCUGCAAGAGCCGCGCCGCGUUUUUAACAAAUUUAGCGAAUAAGCAAUAAAUAACAGACAAUGGCCAUGGAAGACGUGCAGAAGCACAGCGUGCACACGCUGAUAUUCCGCUCCCUGAAGCGCACCCACGAUCUGUUCGUCUCCAACCAGGGAAAUCUGCCCGAAAUCGACGAACGUUUAGAGAAGUUGCGACGUUCCAUCAAGGCGAAGGAUGGCUAUGGCCUUGUGCUGGACAAGGUGGCGAAGAUCGGCGAGGCCAGGAAGGCAUCAGGAGCCCAAACGCCGGGCGACAAGACGCUGGCCAUCACCGAUGGCAGUGCAACGGAUGCGGCCAGCGGUGCCGGCAGUCUGGUUAAGUACAAUGCGGGCGCCAGGCCAGCGGAGAAGACAGCGCCACUGGUUACCGGCACACACACAUCCCUGGUGCGCGCCUCCCUGGCGAACAGCAAUGCAGAUAUGAGCGCCAAUGGCGCCAUCGCCAGCCAUCUGCAAUUGAUACCGAAGAAGGCGCCCAGCAUACCCAAGCCCAAGUGGCACGCACCCUGGAAACUGUCGCGCGUCAUCUCCGGCCAUUUGGGCUGGGUGCGAUGCAUCGCCGUGGAGCCGGGCAACGAGUGGUUCGCCACCGGCGCUGGCGAUCGUGUGAUCAAGAUCUGGGACCUGGCCAGCGGCAAACUGAAGCUCUCGCUCACCGGUCAUGUGAGCACUGUGCGCGGUGUGGCCGUCAGCACGAAGCAUCCGUAUCUGUUUAGCUGCGGCGAGGAUCGGCAGGUCAAGUGCUGGGAUCUGGAGUACAACAAAGUCAUACGGCAUUAUCACGGUCACUUAUCGGCUGUUUACUCGCUGGCCCUGCAUCCCACCAUCGAUGUGCUGGCCACCUCCGGUCGCGAUUCCACUGCCCGCAUCUGGGACAUGCGGACCAAGGCGAAUGUGCACACACUGACGGGCCAUACGAACACGGUGGCCAGUGUGGUGGCGCAGGCCACCAAUCCGCAGAUCAUCACCGGCUCCCACGAUUCCACGGUGCGUCUGUGGGAUUUGGCCGCCGGCAAGAGCGUCUGCACGCUAACCAAUCACAAGAAGUCCGUGCGCAGCAUAGUCCUCCAUCCAUCGCUGUACAUGUUCGCCUCCGCCUCGCCGGAUAACAUCAAGCAGUGGCGCUGUCCGGAGGGCAAGUUUGUGCAGAACAUCUCCGGCCACACGUCCAUUGUCAAUUGCAUGGCGGCGAAUAGUGAGGGCGUGCUCGUUUCGGGCGGCGACAACGGCACGAUGUUCUUUUGGGACUGGCGUACCGGCUACAAUUUCCAGCGGUUCCAAGCGCCCGUCCAACCGGGCUCCAUGGACAGCGAGGCGGGCAUAUUCGCCAUGUGCUUCGAUCAAUCGGGCAGCAGGCUAAUCACCGCCGAGGCGGACAAGACAAUCAAAGUGUACAAGGAGGAUGACGAGGCCAGCGAGGAGUCGCAUCCGAUUAACUGGCGACCGGAUCUACUGAAGCGCCGCAAAUUCUAGACUCCUAGUUUGUAAGCCUAUCCAUAAUAGAAUACGAUUUUCCAAACGAUUUCAUUAAAAACAACUUUAAAUGCGCUCG